GUUCCUGCCGGCCGGAAGCCGCUGACGAGGUCUGGCGGGCCUUUUCAGCUUCUCCUGUCGCCGCUGCCGCUGCUUCUGCCGCGUGUCCCGGGACUGGCGGUCGGCGAACUAUGACUUCUGCCCUAGAGAACUACAUCAACCGAACGGUUGCCGUGAUCACGUCUGACGGGAGGAUGAUUGUGGGAACAUUGAAAGGUUUUGACCAGACCAUUAAUUUAAUUUUGGAUGAAAGUCAUGAACGAGUGUUCAGCUCUUCACAAGGAGUGGAACAAGUGGUACUAGGGUUGUACAUCGUAAGAGGUGACAAUGUGGCCGUGAUUGGAGAAAUUGAUGAAGAAACAGAUUCUGCCCUUGAUUUGGGGAAUAUUCGAGCAGAACCUCUGAACUCUGUAGCACACUGAGGGAAAAUCACAUGGGACAUUGUAAAUUUUUGUACAGAAACUGAGUAUUCUAAGAAUGAUGUGCAGAUUUUUAUGAGUAUCAUUGUAAUAUGCUAUGUAAAUUAAAAUAUUUCUAUGUUUUGAGAGAAGCAUAUUUGCCUAGUCAUAGGUUUGAUAGUUUGGUUUUAUUUUUAUAUUGAAUAGUGUGAAAAAUAUUUUGGAAAGGGUCAGGAAUAAUAUCUCAUAUUUCAAUAUUUAUGAAAAUCUUGUAAACUUAGCCUGUUAGAUCAAGCAUACAAAUACCAGCAGUAGUCCAAGAUACAUUCAUUUCUUUCCCUCAUAGUACAUUCACUAGAAGGUAAGUCUUCUGCAGUUACAAAAACCUGCAUUUUUUAACUGAAUCCCAGGAUAUUCCAAUAAGACCAGAAAAUCAUGUAAUUGGAGGUCCUGGAUAGGAAAUAAGGUUAGAGGAGGUUCAAAGCUGGACAAGUUCAGAAACAGUGAUCUAAAACAUCCCUACUUAGGACACCACCCUAGGGCUGUUUAUCAGUUUUGAAAUGGGUAAGAAUAUAUUUGGGCAAUGGAGAAAAUGUUAAGCUAUUCAUCAUCUGGAAGAAUUGACUAUACUUUUAAAAUCCCAUUUUAACUUUUUAAUUUUAGGAAUUGCAGGAUUUUUUAGAAUUGCCAGUUUUUGUUAUUUAUAUGUGAAUAAAUAAACUUGUUUAUAUUGAG